AUGGACGUCGGCGACGACAAAAGACUCGCUACCAUGGACGUCCUUUCCCUGAUUUCCUCACCGUCUUAUGCACCAACCACACUUCGCCACCUCCCUCAACCUGUUCCCAAUCACCUACCGCCAGGGGUUGAUGGCUCUAUUUUCACAUUUGAAGAUGCCUUUGAAGAUCUACUCGCUGUCUCAAAAGGCCAAAAGCUUCCCGACAUCACAACUCGCUACGAGCAAAGGCGGCUGCUCCGCGAUAUGUUCCCGUCUGGAGAACCCACCUGGUUUUGGCUGCGACGCCUUGAAGCCCAGGGCUUAGUUCAGGUUCCCAGUCGUGCUCAUUUCUUCGGGGCACACCAUCCAGAUUGGUCAAGCUUUCACAAAGAGCUCGACCGGCAUGCGGCUGAUGCCUGGCGUAGCCUCAGCAAGGGCCAUGGUCAUGACGCCUGUGGUUCCGGAGACUUCUUUGAAGAGAUAGGCAAAGCUUUCAAACAGCUUGAGCGAGGCUUUUCGGGCCGUGGCAAUCGAAACUCCGAUGCGAAUUGCUGGGAAAGGAAGGAGCUGGAUAGAGGGCCAGAUACAUUUGAGGAGCUCUUUUCGGAGAUAUCCUCAAAAUUCAAGGAGAGCGCCUCAUCGUGGGACACAUUCGUCAAGAACAUAUCGGUAUACUCCAAGCCCAAGUCUCAACAGGGGAAGCCCGAGGCACAGGUUGACGGCCACGAAAAGGGAAAGGUCGUGACAGACGAAAAUGAGUAUGUGGAUCGGUUUGGCUACUUGCACAAAACCGUCACCCGCAAAACGUUGGAUGCGGAUGGAAACGAGGUUGGCAGUGAAACCUAUGUUAUCGUUCGCCCAGCGGAUAAGCACCUGGAUAAUGAAAACAACCCUAAAAUUGGAGGCAACGAACCUCUUGAAAUUGGAACUGACACCAAGAAAUCAAGCUGGUUUUGGAAGUAA